AUGGCGUCCCAUCAACUGAGUCUUAGAGAGAACGCCACGGCCGAGGAAAACAAAGUACCUAAGAUGGCCACUCAUUUCGAGUCCCUUGCCGAGAAGGCGAAACAGCCGGAUGCCGGUGUUGCCAGACAAGUCCCUCACAGGGAGCGCCAUGAGCUCGGAGGGAAAGUCGGUGACAUUAAUGUUUCAGCCACGAUAGUGGCGAAAACGGAGGGAGAUGGUGUCGGAAUAGGGAGAGGAAAACAGUUUCAAGAGAGGACGAGAGAGCCUAAUUACGCUACGGGGAAAGUCCAAAUGAGUGCUGUGCCUGGACAAGAGAGAGGUGCUUCAAUGGAGUCCAAGGCUAAACAUGGGAUGGAGUCUAUUGGUAAACACGAGGGCGAUAAAGAUAGAAGGCGUAGCGCGGAAACUGCUGCAGAACGAAGGAAUAUCGGUAAGGAAGGUGAAUCAGGUGAUGAAGAAUCGGCCAACCAAGCGCUCAACACAGCGGCGUACACCAAAGAAAAGGGUCAACAAGCAAGGGAAACCUCUCAACAAAGCGCUCAGUAUGCCACAGAGAAGGGUGGACAAGUGGCUGACACUGUUCGUCGAGCUUCGCUGCAGGCGGCGGAGAUAGGUGGACAAGCAAAGGAUACCGUCGUUGAAGGUGCGAAGAAGACCAAAGACACCGCGGCCGGAACCCUAUCGAGUGCAGGCAGGACUACCGCAGACUACACGGUGCCGAAAAUGGAACAGGCGAAAGACUACGCAACGCAAACGGCGGUUAAAGCGAAAGAUUCUGCUGUUGAUGUUACUAAAAACGUCGCGAGUUAUACCGGAGAAAAAGCGGUUGCUGCAAAGGAUGUGACGGUAGAGAAAGGCAAGGAGGCGGCUGAGUUGGCAGGAAAAGGGGCUGUGGAUGCGAAGGAUAGAGCUGUCGUAGCUGGCUGGAGUGCGGCGAAUUAUACGACCGAGAAAGCGGUGGAAGGGACAAAGGCAGCGGCGAGGAUGGUGGAGGGAGCGGCGGAGUAUACCGGUCAAAAAUCAAAGGAGCUUGCCGCGACAUCGUUAAGGGCGGCCAAGGACGCUGCUUCAGCUGCUGGUGAGAUUGUGAAAGAGUAUACUGCCAGGAAAAAGGAGGAGGCGGCGAGAGAAUUAGAAGAUAAGAGAUCAUCAAAAACACAGGGUGAAUACAUUAGUUACCAAGAAGAAGAAAGCAAGGAGAGACCGAGUGAGACUCGACAACAACUCACGGAUUUUCCGAGAAAAACGAAAGAGAAAAUCGGGGAAACUGCAAAACCAAGGGAAAGACCGAGUGAGACUCAACAACGAGGCGAGAAUUUUCCGAGAAAAAACAGCGAGGAAAUCGAGGAGACUCCAAAGCCAAUUGGAGAUGGCCCGAAGCAAAACUUUCAGGGAUCAUCGGAGACGAACAAACGUGGUGGAUUUACACAGGAAACUGAGAAGAGAGGCCAUGAAGGAGCAGUGGAAAUGGAGAGGAGAGAACUCGAGGGUUCUGCGGGUAGAGAUGAAUCGGGUGUGUUGGGAGCCAUUGCUGAAACGAUAGUUGAAAUUGCACAGAAUACAGCCAACCUUAUUAAUAUUGCACCCGGCAACAACCAACCCAAAUCCCAGAGCGGCGACCGACGUGAGUGGCGUUGAAGUAGUGAGCCACCACGUGGGAAACGGAACAUGGACGUUUAUUGAAUAAAUAGGAGUGCUUUGUCUUUGUUUUUGUUAUCAAGAAUAAAAUAAGUUGUGUUGAAUUUGU